UGUCGUGAUACUUCCUUCAGCUCCAACACCAGUAGUGCAGGAUGUCAUGGUUGGUUGAGCUUGCAGGGAAGGCAGAAGACUUCUUAAAUAAAGUGGACCAGGGUGCAGCAGCAGCACUGCUAACUACUCCUAUUGAAAAUGUAACAACAACACAAACAUUGAGCAGUGAAGCUGGAUCUUCCAGUCAGUACUCUAUCCUGAAUGAGCCGAGUAGUAAAUCUGAUCACCAAGCCCACAUGAGUAUUAGUUAUGUUUCUUCUGCUGCUGGUAACAUUAGGAGACAAAAGGCCACCCUCCUUUCUGGAGCUUCUAAUGUGUCCUCUUCUUCACACACCUUUGACACUACAGCCUGUGCAACUGCAAGCUCAUCUCAUAGCAAACCCUCAACACAGUUUGUCAGACCAAAAAAGACUGAGCCAAAUGAUGACCAACUCUUUGAUUUCUUAAACAGUUCAGAAAAGUCAUUAAAUGGCAGAGCAGACAACAAACGGGAGAUAACAAAGCCUUCCGCACCAAAAGGUCAUUCCCGAACUUCCAGUCUCAGUUCAACAUCCACUUGCACCAUUAACAUGAAGCCGAUAGAGGAGAGCACUGUCCAGGAUGAUUCUACUGACGGACUUGGUGCCUCAGAAAGCUCUAAUAUGAGCGACGAUGCCCAAAUAGAGCCUUCAAAAGAGCAAGCAUCAAGUAUUACAGCUAGCAGAAGUUUAUCAGCUAAAGAUGAGAGUCAGUCACUUGAGCUAUCAAACCUGCGGCUUGAGAACCAGCUGCUGCGGGGAGAAGUUUCCUCCUUGAACCAAGAAAUGGCUUCAGUGAUUGAGAGAUCAAAGCAAACACAAGAAGAGUUAAAUAAAGCCAGGAAACAGAUUGAAAAAUGGAAUACUGAAAAUUCCAAGUCCGACAGGAUAGGUAGGGAACUGCGUUCCCAGAUUGAUGACCUGAAUGAGGUGCUGGGUGCCAAGGAUUCUCAGCUGGCUGUGCUCAAAGUGAGACUGGAAGAGGCAGAUCAGCUUCUGAAGACACGUAAUGAAGCAUUGGAGCUACUCCAGAAUGAAAGAAACAGAAUACUGCAGGAUCAUACUGAAGGGAGCAGCAUGCAUAACCAAGCCUUGCAGACAAUGCAAGAGAGGCUUCUGGAAGCAGAAUCAUCACUUAAACGACAACAAGACAGUUACAAUCAAAUGCAGAAUGAGUUUGCAGCUAGACUCAAUAAGGUGGAGAUUGAACGCCAAAGUCUUGCAGAAACACUGACUGCGUCUGAGAGAAAGGUGAUUGAAGAGAAGAAGAGGGCAGAUGAUCAGCAGCAAAAGCUCAAAACUGUUAAGACCAGUUUGGAUUUGGCUAAACAGGAAUUAAUGGACUACAAACAAAAGGCUACCAGAAUUCUUCAGUCCAAAGAAAAACUGAUUAACAGCCUCAAAGAAGGUUCUGGAAUCGAAGGUUUAGAAAGCCAUGCUGUAAGCACCAUGGAACUGGAAGAACUGCGGCAUGAGCGUGACAUGCAACGUGAAGAAGUCCAAAAAUUGCUGGGUCACAUUCAGCAGCUGAGGGUGGAACUGCAGGAUACAGAGACACAGCAAUUGGGUGAGGCAGAGUCAUCCAGGGAACAAAUACAAGAACUACAUGAACAAAUCAACACGCUAACAGGAACCAAAAAGGAGCUGGAGGCCGAACUGGACCGACAGAAACAGGAGUUUCAAUACAUCGAAGAGGAACUGCACAGGACAAAGAACACACUACAGUCUAGAAUCAAGGACCGAGAGGAGGAAAUUCAGAAGCUUCGGAAUCAGCUCACAAACAAAGCCAUGAGUAAUAGCCACGCUGAACUGGAAAACCGACUUCACCAAUUGACUGAGACUUUGAUCCAGAAACAGACCAUGUUGGAGGCCCUCAGUACAGAGAAGAACUCACUUGUCUUCCAAUUGGAACGCCUCGAGCAACAGCUCAAGAGUGUACAGGGAAGCAGUGUUAAUGGCCCUGCUGUUAACGUAUCAUUAUUGGAAAAUAAUGAAGGUGCUCGUAUGAGGAGCGUUCCAGUUCUUUUCAGUGAAACAGACAGUACUACAGCAGGAAUGUAUGGGAAAGUCCGAAAAGCAGCAAAUACAAUAGACCGAUUCAGCAUCCGGUUAGGAAUUUUUCUGAGGCGAUAUCCAAUUGCAAGGGUAUUUGUAAUUAUUUAUAUGGCACUGCUGCACUUCUGGGUAAUGAUAGUACUUCUGACAUAUACACCGGAGAUACACCAUGGUUCCCCUGAUGGUCAAUGAAAAGAAGUAACCAUUAGCACAUCAAUUGUUGGAUCCAGAAUCUUUUUUGUAAAUUUAUGUAGCACAUAGCUACACCAGUAAGCCUGUAUAUACUGUAGAACUAGCUUAUGUUUAUGAUCAUGAGAAUAAAUACAACUUUAAAAAAAGUUCAUUCUUUUCUGCAUUUUAUCUUGGCACUUUCCCACUCCCCUCUUAGUUUGUACAUACAAAAGUUAUGUAGUUAUAUUGAUGGACAUAUGACUUGAUUUGUGCAAUAUCUUUUAAUAAACUUAUUUCAAAAACGUUGA